ACUCUUUCAUUUUCAUUUUUAUUUUUAUUUGUUUUAUCUCUCUCCCUCUCAUUUUUAAAAUCAAACUCAUUUUUUCACUGUCUAAAAGAUAAUAUCAUAAGAGUUUUACUUUGUAAUCUUAAAAAAUAUGAUUUAAACUUUUUUUAAUAUAAAUAAAUAGAUUUUUUUUUUGUAAAAAAAAAAAAAAACUAAUAAAAAACACAAUCCUCUUCUUCUGCUGAGAUUUUGAGACAACGCAGAAGCAGAAGAACUGAACGCAUCCUUCUUCACUUCACUAUGUGUAGUCUCAUUUCCAAGUCACACUGCCACUUAGGCCAACUCUCUUUGCUACCUCUUCAAACACGUAAUUCAGAAUAUGGAAUUGUGAAGGUGAAGAUGAAUGGGAGAUUGAAAGUGGUGUGUAUGGGUAUGUUGAAACCAAGAAAAUUCAUGCAAAGGAAAAGGAAAAUGGUUGUUUUCAAGGAUGCUGAUGAUGAAGCUGAACAGAAAAAUUGGUGGAGACUCAUGAAUUUAAUAACUGAGACUGGUUCUGCUGUUUCUGUUCUUUCUUCUGAGAAGAAGAAAAAUCAAACUAUCCCUAAAGACCUUCUUAUUGGUACUUUGAUUAGGUUUAAGCAACUCAAAAAGUGGAACCAUGUUGUUGAGAUUCUUGAAUGGCUUAGGUCUCAAAAGUGGUGGGAUUUUGGUACGACGGAUUUCUUUAUGCUUAUUACGGCUUAUGGAAAGCUUGGAGAUUUCAAUGGUGCUGAGAAGGUGUUGGGCUUGAUGAAUAAGAAUGGUUAUGCACCAAAUGUAGUGUCUCAAACUGCACUUAUGGAAGCAUAUGGAAGAGGAGGCAAAUACAACAAUGCUGAAGCGAUUUUUCGUAGGAUGCAGACAUUUGGCCCUGAACCUUCUGCUUUCACAUAUCAGAUAAUCCUUAAAACAUUUGUUCAGGCCAACAAGUUUAAGGAAGCUGAAGAAUUACUUGACAAGCUACUGCAUGAUGAAAAGUUAUCUUUUAAACCAGACCAGAAGAUGUUUAACAUGAUGAUUUAUAUGUAUAAGAAGGUUGGAAGUCAUGCAAAGGCUCGCCAGACAUUUGCACUGAUGGCUGAACGGGGAAUCGAAAGAAAUACAGUAACAUUUAAUAGCCUGAUGUCAUAUGAAUCAAAUUACAAGGAAGUUUCAAACAUAUAUGAUCAGAUGCAAAGAGCUGAUCUCAGACCUGACGUGGUUAGCUAUGCCUUACUCGUCAAUGCUUAUGGGAAAGCCAGGAGGGAGGACGAAGCAUUAGCUGUAUUUGAGGAAAUGCUUGAUGCUGGUGUCAGACCAACUCGGAAGGCUUACAAUAUUUUACUUGAUGCAUUUUCCACAUCGGGAAUGGUAGAACAAGCUCGGACUGUGUUUAAGAGCAUGAGAAGGGAUAAGUACAUGCCAGAUCUUUGCUCAUAUACUACCAUGUUAUCAGCUUAUGUCAAUGCUUCUGACAUGGAUGGUGCAGAAAAGUUCUUCAAAAGAUUGAUACAAGAUGGUUUUGAACCUAAUGUUGUAACUUAUGGAACCAUAAUAAAAGGGUAUGCUGAUGCAAAUAAUCUUGAGAAGGUAAUGGAAAAGUAUGAGGAAAUGCUCGGGAGGGGUAUCGAGGCCAAUCAAACAAUUAUUACAACUAUCAUGGACGCACAUGGUAAAAAUGGAGAUUUCGACAGUGCUGUUCACUGGUUUAAAGAAAUGGAGUUGAGUGGCCUUGUUCCUGAUCAGAAAGCUAAAAAUGUCCUUCUAUCUCUAGCAAAAACAGAGGAAGAUAAACAAGAGGCUAAUGAGCUAGUAUCACUUUCCAUUGAAAUUAAUAAUUUACCUAAUGUUAAUGGCCUUGAAGAGGACGAUGACGAUGAAGAUGAAGAUGACGAAGAAGAUUUUGACGCCGAGGUUGCAAUAGCUUAUGAUGAACAACCGGAAGAGACUAGUUAAUCAAUGUCAAGUCCUUUAAGAUCUAUAGACUAGACACCAUAAAUUUUGUACACUUGCAAAUUUAGGGUCCUAGUAUUUUGGGAUUGAAAGUUAUUAUUUACUUCAAAUUGCUAUUGUAAUACAAAAAAAUGCUAGAGGAUUUUAGCCAUCAAGAGUUGAGUUGGGAAAUUGAAAAGGAUUUUGUCCCAUAAAUAAUCCAUUUAUGCUAAAUGUAUUACCAAAUA